ACGCGACGUCGUCAAGCAUAUAAGGCCGGUCCUGCUCAGCAAGAGCGACCGAUAGUGCACCCUAUGCCGCCCUCCGAGUUUUUAGAACUCGCUUCAGGAACAAACCGUUCAAACGCUGUGGCGAUAGUGCGUGUCCGCCAUCCUGAACUCGACCACACCAAAAUGGACGACACCGAGCUGCUGUACUGGGGCCGUUAUCACAUCGCCUUCAACGGCACCUUUCACGAUUGGCUCGCAAUGAUGAAGAGCAAGUUCAAGUACGGUGAUAGCAUCACAGAUAGCGAAGCUAUGGAGGAGGUCCGGCAGCAUGCGAAGGCGGUCCUCGACCAGUCGAUACCCAUCAUUGGAGUAAGCGCCUUGUGUCUCGCAUCAUUCAUCCCACUGAUACUCGAACAAUCAGCGCCUACCCGUGCCCGGAGAGCGCGACGUCCAUUAUCUCUCAGUGCCGAAUGUGAACUUCGCCGUCCGUAUCUGGGGCAAAGGCAUGGAAGCCUGUCAUACGUACUGCCUCGAUUUCGUCGACAGACGUACGUUGCAGCACAUCCGAACUCCCCCGUCAUGCCACCUCUACAGAGUUCAAACACCCGAUCGAUAUUGGUUGCCACAUUUUCUCCGUGGGAGGGUUGAGAGGGAGGAUGGGAGAGACAUACAUGAGGUGUAUGAAGGGGAAUCCUUCAUGUUGACUGUGGGUGCAGAUACCAGGGCAGUAUUCACUGUCCCGAUACGACCUAUAGUGGUGAAGCCGGAUUGGCUUUGGGGCACCCCCAUCCUCACUUUUGGACCCUCUGUGUGAUAGGUGCCAUUCCUUCCAUAGUCGAUUGAACAUUUUCGCGCGUCGGUGUCACACGACAUUGAAUUGAAGUUAUGAGAAAAUAUUACAGAUG